GGUGUGUGCGUGCAGCUCCCAGCGCGGCCGCGCGUGUCCACUGACCUCAUUCAUUUGAUUGCAUCUGCAGUGGAGCCGCUGAAGCAUCGGCCUGCCACGUGUGUGGAUUUCUCCGGAACAAAAGCCACAAUGGACGUUCAAAAAUGGUAUUUGAGAACUUCAAAACUGGCUCUGGCCUUGGCAAUUAUCCACUCAAAACCAGCAGACAGAAGCAGCAGAGAAUACACAGAACACCUUGCAGUGUUGGUGUCUGGGCAGGAGUCAAAGUGGAGAUCAAAAGUCGAAGCCUUGGAAGCUGAAGUUCUGCAAUUACGUCAGAAACUUCUUCUGAGCAGAAUUUGUUCAGGAUCAUUUAAGAGUGGAAACCUGUCUUCCCAGUUGCAGGCUCAGGAACCUGGAAGUUUUGAAAAUACAUUAACUCCAAUGGAAGAUUCUGGGUGUGUUUUAUCAAAUGAGCAGACAACUGAGUCUUUAGAGCUUCCCCAGCAUUUAGUGGAGAGCUGUACCCCCAUGCCCUUUCCACCAUUGCCUCUCAUAAAAAGAACCUGUGCUACCCUGGAAAAUCCUUUAUCUUCUCACAUGCAAUUUUUGCAACAUCUCCUUGAACUGAAGAACUUGACAGAAUCAGGUAGUUUGAAAACGGAGUUAACUUAUUUUGAAAAAGACUUUUCCAUAGUCUCUGAUUCUGUUUUUCAGUUGCUUGAUGGCCUGAUCACUUUUUACCGUAACCCUAAACUUCCUUUUUCAAGCUUUUGGACAGAAGCUAUUGAUACUUUAGCUAGACUGAUCAGUGAUUAUAACUUAUCUAAUCAUAUUCUUAAAAAGUGUUCCAAGAAGUUGGAAGAAUUUGAGAAAACUCUGCUUCAGGUUAUUUUAGGGAACAACAAUAUAAAUCGGUUUCAGGUGCAGCAUUAUGUUUCUCGUAAUCUCGUAACCCUAGGACAUUGCAGCUUGUUGAGAAAAUCUAUUAUACCCCUGCUUCUAUCAGAAGUAAAUAGCUUUGCUGUUGAUCUGGGAGCUGUCAAUCAGGAGCCGGCCAGUUAUGAUGUGACACGCUACGAAAAUAUUUUCUUCCUGUUCUGGGUUCUGGAACAGCUUCUUCAAAAGGAAACCGAAGAAGGCAACACUAAAAGUAUAGGGUAUGAUGACCCAGAAAUCAAGAAAUUUCUUCAGAGGCAUGAUGAAACUAUUUUCCAACUUUCUGAUGCAUUUCCUUUAUUUACUUUUUAUUUAUGGAGACUAGGCAUUCUCUUGAACUCAGCAGAGAUAGAAACUGUUAAAAAUAAUUCAAUUCCUUAGCAAUUUGCCAAAUAUGGAAGCAUACAAGAUCUUGUGCUUAUAAGGCUUUCAAGAAUAUUUUAAAUGAUCAUUUUUAAAUUGAUCUCUAAUCAUUAAUUCAAUUUUUAGUCUUAAAUUGUACAUAAAAUAUUGGGUCACAUUUCUAUAUUAAAAAUCAGCCAGUUUCAGUUGAUAAUGCCCUUCUAUUCAUACUAUGUAAUAGACCACUGAUUUUCUCAGAAAAGAUAUUUAAAUUGUGAAAGAUUUCCAUGGGAUAGAUGCUAGGUGAAAUCUUAAAGUUUUGUUGUUUUAUCAACACAAAAGUGUUAAAAAUAAGUGGUUAUAAAUACAGUUUUUAAAACUUUUUGGUUAACAAAGUUGUACUUACAUCAUUGUAAUUUUAGAGGGAACUCAUAAAAGAAGAAAAGUUUUUUAACAUUUGGAAAUUAAUGGCCUUUAAUUUCAUAUAAUGAAUAUGAUUGUCAAGUCCUUUUAAACGUACUAAUUAGUUAUUUAAUAUGGUCUGUGUUUUUUUCCAACAAGUUUUCCUUUUGAUUCUAUUGAUUAAAUAUGUUAUAGUAGUCCUAUGAUUGUUAAAAUGCAGUUAAAUCAUAAGUCAUUAGGGAUACUUUUAUAAAUUCUAGUAUCCAUCCAGGAAUAUACUCUAUAGUUAAUAAAAGUAUUGAUUUAAUUUUCUGGUUACACAAUUUCAUAGACUUAAUUUCAAUUAUUAAAAUAAUAACCAACAAGCUUAAAGAGUACACAUUAUGUACUUUCCUAUAGUGCACACACCAAAUGCAAAUUUGCUUUAUUAUCUGUGAUACUGUUUCACAAGUUAAUUAGCAUUCCUAAAUGCCAUUGAAAUUUUUUUAAAAGCUUGCUGUUUCUCUUUAAAAUGUACAUAAAAUCAU